GAGAAGCGGAGGGCGCGUCAGCGCCCGGAGCGUAGCGGAGCCCAUUUCCUCAUUAAAUAAGCCAAAUAUAAGGGACGGAGGAGAGUGUAUAGGAUUUCCGCCCCCACUAUACAUCAAAAUCAUUGAAUUUUCGUGCCACUUUUUUUUUGGACUGGGUUGCCCAGUACUUUAAUCCGGUCAUUCUCUUAUAUAAUUGCUAAAUUAAGCGAGACAAGGUGUUUUUUUAUUGACACAACGAGGGAGUGCUUUUGUUUAUUUAAAGAUGGCCUAGCGUAAUUUGUAUAUUGUAUAUAUAUAUAAGGUCAUUUUCAAGAAACGAAGAAAGGGUAUGUUUAGCUAGCUAGUAUAUCACUAUUUUUUUUUUACAUGUAAUGAACCCCUUCUUAGCCUUAGAUAGGAUAUAGUGUAUAGCUAGCUAACUUUAAAAGAGUAAUAGCUAGCUAGCAUAAAAAGAGCAACAAGUGCCUUUAUAUAGCUAGCAAAAAGACUAGCAUAAAAUUAACCACUUAGCUGGGAUAAAACUACCAAUAUAGCUAUACAUGUACUACACAAUAAUUAUAUUUUGUCCCAUCACAUAGCUUGUUUCUAGCUACAAUUGUGCACAAAAUUGUUGGCCCUGACAAUUUUAUAUAUCAAAAACCAAAAAGUUUAGAUAGAUAGAUAGAUAUAGAUAGAUAGAUGUGCAUAUUUUACAUGACUAGCCUCACAAAUAUCGAGGGAUAUACCCUGUCUAUUAUUUCCAGGAGGGGCCAUGGCUUGAUGGAGAGUCCUAGAGUAUUUAAUGCUCAUUUUGAGCUACGCAGACCCAAUUAGGGCCCGCGCUCUACUAGACAACUCCCGGCAACAUCCAACGGCCCACACAGUGUGCCAUCUUCCCAAUUUCCCUCACAUGGCUUGGGUUAACCCGGGGGUAUGGUAACAUUCACUCGCCCAUGUUGAAUCGCCGUCAAGAGGAAUCGAACCCCGGUCUCCCGCACAGAGUACGAGAGCUAUAACCACUAAUCUAUGGCGCGACAUUACUAUUUUAGAAAAGUCAGCAACACAAAAUUUGUUGGCUCUGACAGUUUUAUAUAUGAAAAACCAAGAACCAAAAAGUUUAGAAAAGUCAGCAAAAAAACAUAGCUAGCUAUAGUCACAUAUUCUGCAAAUAGUACGUUCGGUCCCCACUGAUGAUCAAUGUUUAUGUAAAGGUAUGUCACGUGUAAUCGUUUACGUUGGUCAGCCACAAAGGGCAGUAGUUUUCAACAUUGAGGGGGAAUGGAAAGCCAUAUUUUUGUGGACGAUUGUAGCUAUAUUGUACACAGGUCAGGAAAUAAAUUUUUUUAACCCUGCCAGUGAGCAUACACCAGUACGGCUCAAGUUACAGAAACGGAAAUUAUUGCAAUAUAAAUAUAUAUAUCGGGAAACUUUUUGAACAUGUAUAUACAUUUGUUAUUUGUUUGAGACUGAUGCUUACAUCCAACACCUGCAUUUUUUAUUACCAGGGCAAAUUCUGACGAACGGUUAUCAUGCAAUCGUCAACACCUAUAGCUAUACUGAAAAUAUUUAAAUAUAUGUAUAUAUGGAUUUGACGAUAUUGGUUGUUAAUAACUCUAACAAUAUUAACAGUCAAGGUACAGAAGAAAGCUUAGUAAGUUUCUGAGUAUAAUGUGAAACUGUUAAAAUUCUGUAUGCCAUGUAUAUAUUAUGUAUUAUGCCCUGUUGGUCUAAUGGCUAUGACACUCAUUUAUGGAAAUGGGAGAUCUGGGUUCGAAUCCUGGACAGGGCUAGGAAAAACAUAACUAUAAUGCACGCCUUGGUAAUCCGUAAUUAAGCUUGCUUUUUCUAUUGUUGUCUUAUCAGGGAAGUUGUUUACUGUAUUUUCUAUUAAAUUAUACUAUUUGAUACAUGUAAUGAACAACUUUUUAGCCUUUAGCUAGCUACCUAGCUAAUGCAAAGCCAUGUAAAAAGAUCAUCACUAGCUACCUAACUAAAGCUAGUGAACAUAUAGCUGGCUAGUAUAAAAGUAGCUGGAAAAAAAGAAUUGUUCUUGACAGGCUCAUAUCUUUUGACUACACAUAUUAUAUUCAGUCGGGUAAUUUUGCCCUGAUUAGGAAUAUCUAUAGGAUUAAAACUGGCUAGCUAGUAUAGUAUCCUAAAUGAAACCGACCCUUCUUUGACCCACCGGUAGGUAAACGGACACCGGAUACCAUGUUUAUUUACAUCUUAGCACUUUCUGAUUGGUUAGAUUAUAAACAAAAAGUAAUGUCAUUGGCCCGUGAUAUAUUUUUUCAACAUAUUUAUAUGCGAUAUAUUGCGUCCGGAACAAACUGCGAAUUUGCUAAUGCAGACGCAGGUAACUACAUUCUCGACCCCAGAGCUCUUUGAGAUAAAUUUGAAAGGGCUCUGGGGACGAGAAUGAGGUAACUAUAGUUUUUCCAAAAACAAACAUUUUUUCCAUUGAUUUAUUGGACAAAAUGGAACACGUAGAUUUUUCCAAACACAAAAAUUCUUCGCUUUGAUUGGAUAAAGUAGAACACGUGGUUUAAGCGAUGGAAAUAUACUUUUCUGGCGCCACUUUUUUCAAACCCUCUGGAAAUUUACCGGAGUGUGUUGUGUUUGUUUGCUGGAACGAAAUUGAUACUUCCUGGAUUAUUGGAUAAGUAUUAUUUCAUAAUUUUGUCCGUCUCUUUUGUGUUAGUAAACAAAACACAUUUAGCUAGGUGUAAACUGCAGCUUGGUGCAUCUUUAUAUCUGAUUUUUGUCCCCAGCUGUGUCCUUGCAUUUUGGCUAUUAUAUACCUGGCUAGAUAGCUAUUAAUCGUAGAAAUUGUAGCUUACUGUUUAAAUCUUAUUUUUUGUUCCCUGCUCCUGUAUUUUGAUUCAAGGACUACAUUGCCACAGUCACCAAAGUAAGAAGAUAUACGUUUAUGUUUAUAUCUGAUUUAGGUGCUAACUGCAGCUAGGAAGCAACCGUAGCAUCAUAAAAUUGUGUCACAUUGUAGCUAAUUGUAGCAUCGUAGAAUAAUCAAGACAAAUUAAUCAUGAUAUCUGUCCAAGCAUAUCGUGCCACCAUUGGUUCUUUUUAUAAUGUAGCUGCUAGUUGCUCCAAUAACAUUAGGAAUGAAACAACAAAUUUUUACAGCCGUUCUGAAAUGUUUUUUGACCAGAUCGAUGGUAACAACAACUUCAUUCAUUUCUUGAAACUUUUUAUUUCAAUAAUUUUCAUGUGUUGUCUGAGCUGUAAUAUAAAUCUUGCGUCUUUGAAAUUACUGUUACUGUUAUCUGGCGAUAUUGAAAGCAAUCCUGGGCCUUUUAAUAACAAUGAUAUCGACUUCCAAAUAGCACUACAGGAUUCCUAUGCUACGCAUCUUCUUAAUCAGUCAACUUCUGCUGAUCAAAUAGUCGCUUACGCUAGAAGUAUUGGUUUGUCAAAUAUAACAUAUCGAGAAGUGACCAAAGGGGAUGGCAACUGCUUUUAUAGAGCAGUAGUACAGCAACUUAAUCGCCCUGAGAUCAGACAAAUUGUGCCCCUUGGACUACAUUUCCAGAAUCAUCUUCAACUACGAGCAGCUGUGGUCAAAUUUGUUCGAGAAAAUAGUAAUCUAGAAAUUUUUCAAAAUAACAGAAUCUUUUUAACCAUAAAGCCGGAAGAGUGGGAACGCGACAUACAAACUCAGUCAAGACCUACUGUUGAUGUUGAAGAGAUUUUCAUACGGGCUACUGCAAUAAUUUUGGGCGUAAACAUUUUGAUAACAGCCGAUACCAGUACUGCAACACGCCCAUAUACCCUCAUUAGUCCUACUCAUGACGAAACACAUGAUAUUCCUGGUGAACAACAAGUGGCACAUCUAUUGACUGAUGGUACCACUGCAGGUGCUUUCAUUUUGCUUGGCAGGGUUAAUGAAAAUCACUAUCAAUCGUUGAUCUUUGAUGAUAAUGUGAGCGUUACUCCUGUUACAUCAUCCACAUCACUCAGUCCACCUAAAAAAAUUCCUUGUUUGUCAUCAAAAUAUCCUGAAAAUAUAACUAAUGAAAAACCUGGUGAAAAGGAAGUUACUACUUUGAAUCAAAAUCAAGACCUCCUAGUAGAGAAAAUAAUGAAAUCUUAUAUGUCUGCUGCUAUAAUACCAAAAAAAGUUAAGCCUAAACAUAAGCCUAAAUCCAAGCCUAAACCCAAACCUACACCUAAACCUACAACCAAACCUACAACCAAGCGUAAACGCAAGCCAAAUUAUAAUAAAGAACCUGCUUUAAAGCUAAAGUGUCUUCAGUUAAAUAUUAAAUAUGAAGAACCUAAAGUUAAUGAAACAAGUAUGGAAACAUUCAACAGACACAGGCGAAUAAUUUAUAGCUGCAAAAAAAACAUUUCUAAAACAGCCGUAAGUAAUCAGGAAAAUGGUAGUUUGAAAAAACCGCCUGCCUCCAAACAUACAUAUUCCCUGCCACACCUUACACUUCCAAUUACUACACACAAUCUAGUAAAUAUUUUACCAACCACUCAGUCCAUACAAACCACACAGUCAGUUCCGACAAUUGUCACAGACAACCAGACCAGUGAUCAAAUUUAUGGAAAUGAAACCUCCUCUAUUCAUCAAAAUCCUGAUGUUGUUGCAGCUGUAAUACAGUUCGAAGAAGGUGAGAAGUUGCAUAGUUUGGCAACCUGUAAAACUUGUCGUGAAACCCGACCAGUAUUUCAUGCUACUCCCCCUAUCAGUCCUACUGCAGAAAACGAAACAAAACCAAUUGCCGUUAAGCCUUGGAAAAUUUUCAGCGAUGGAAGGUGUGACAGGUGUCAUCGGGAAAGCCUUAGUCGUUUUAAAAAGAAUGUAACAACACCUGCUAGAUUUUCCGGUAUACUGUCAGUUGAUGAUGAUGAUUUGGGCCCAUUACACGAUAACAUCCGCCAUAAUGAUAUGCAUUUUUUACCGGUACCACCAUAUCUUCAAAAUUUGACCAUACUGGAAGUAGCAUUGAUUCGUCGUAUCACUGUUAUCAUGAAUAUACACCUCCUGCGAUAUGGCAUGCUUGCAUCAAAAGGACAUUGUAUCAGUUUUCCUCAGAGAAUGCAAAUUGCUAAAGAAUUGCCAUCGUUACCAUCUCAGGUUGGAAUAGUGGUUAUUAAAAAGAAAGGAAGUCGAAAUUCAGUUCAACAGUAUACUGUGCAAAGGGGUAAAGUUGAAAAUGCAUUACGAGGGCUGUGUUUUGGAUACCCAGAAGGUGGCACUGAAUAUCCAGAUACUAAUAGUGAACAUCUAUACAAUGGCUCUGAUCACAUUGACAAACCUUUAAAAGGACGCUACUUUCAGUUCCUACCGAAUGAGUACUAUAAGGAUGUUUCGAUAAAAUAUGACCGCAUUCAAAAUUUACCAGAGAUGCGUUCUGAAUUACCUGGCUUGCCUGUUGUUGAAAUGCCACAUAUUAUACCAGAGGAAGACAAGGGUCCUGCUGAAAAUCAAUUUCUGGAAAACUUACCUCAAGAUGACGAAAGUAUAACCCGUUCUGGUUUAGUUUGUCCACUUGAAUCUAAAGAUGCUGACAAUUAUGUCAUUGUACCACCAGUAAAAUCUUUGCUAAUUUUUCACAUCAGUAUUUUUCAUGACUACUCUGUCACAGUUAGUUUGGACAGCCAAAUGAUCAUGUCAUUUGAUUUUUUGACUGCUUAAUUCAUAAUGCAGUUACUUUAGUACGAAAAUUAACAUUCUAGUUGUAAAUCAUUUAGGAAAUUUCUUUACAUUAACAAUGGCAUGAGAAAAAAGUAGAGGAUGAGACAUACUAGAGGAUUUAUUUGCAAAUAUAGAGAAAAAAAUGGCGGCACAAAUUAACUUAGAACUUGUUUCACUUUAUGCUAAAUUCGUGGAGCACAGGAUACAACAUCCUGGCUCCAUGAAUUAUCGGUCGUUUGGCCGAUGGCUAAAGCAGGGUGGGGUCGAGUGGACCAAUGAAGAAGACCCCACCGAAACAGCUCCCAACAUGGAAUUGAUGCAAGUAUGGACAAAAUUUUUACAGUACAGACUUAGACAUAGCGGGUCAAUGGACCUAGAAGUGUUUGGACGUUGGGUGCAUAAUGGCGGGGUUGAGUUUUGUGGUGGGCGACGGGAUCGUGGUAGAAGUAGCAGUCGUGGUUGGAGACGCGGUCGUGGUGGGAGACGCGGUCGUGGUGGGCCGUAUAAGCCACAAUAUUAAAAUGUAUUUUUAUUACUAACCCUUUGUAAAACGAGGUGCACUUUUUUUUAAUAAAAUAUCCUAAAUUUAAAAUGGGCCUAAAUAUUGCCAAAAUUCAAACAAUUGCUAAACUAUUUUUCAGGCUGAAUUUAAAAUAAAUACUUUGAAAAAAACAACAUUUUUUCCAUUGAAAAAAAUAAAUACUUUGAAAAAAACAACAUUUUUUCCAUUGAAAUUAACUAGAUAAACAAAUAUUUUGUCUACCUUGUUUUACGAAGGGUUAGAUGUUAUUAAAUUUGUUAAUUAUCUUAACUCUA